CAUACACCGUCAGUCAAAAAAAGCAAGGAAAAUCCGCGUUUGUGUCCGAUUGGCCUUUACCGUUAUUUAACGGCGUUUCUCCUCGAAAUCCCCAAAACCCCUCCCAUCUCAAAACCACAACACCUCUGUAACAUUCCAUCAAUUCAGAGCUUUUGGUGUGAAGACAGAGUAGAUAUGACGGAGCACGACGAGAUCCCCGAGGUCAAAACCGAGUCUUUGAUGGACAAGAUCUCCGAGAAGUUUCACGGCGACGGCUCCUCCUCGCCUUCGCACGCCGAUUUCGAGAAUAAGUCGCCGGUCAAGGCUUCUUCACCGCCGCCGGUGCAGUCGUCGAUGAAAUCCAGGAUCUAUAGGCUGUUUGGGAGAGAGAAGCCUGUUCAUAAGGUGCUUGGCGGUGGCAAACCGGCUGAUGUGUUCUUGUGGAGGAACAAGAAGAUAUCUGCCUCUGUACUUGGUGGAGCAACUGCAGUAUACGCCUUUUUUGAGCUGCUCGAGUACCACUUGAUUACCUUGGUCUGCCACAUUUCUAUUUUGGCCCUUGCAAUCAUGUUCCUAUGGUCCAAUGUGUCAACCUUCAUCAACAAGUCUCCUCCUCGCAUACCUGAAGUUCAACUUCCAGAAGAUCUGUUUCUUCAGAUUGCUGCUGAGUUAAGGAUUGAAAUUAAUCGCGCCCUUGCUAUGUUGCGAAAUGUUGCGUCCGGAAGAGAGAUUAAAAGUUUUUUGGUGAUAAUAGCUGGUUUAUGGGUUCUCUCAAUUGUUGGAAGUUGGUGUAAUUUCUUGACACUGUUUUACAUGACUUUUGUGCUGCUGCACACAGUUCCAGUUCUAUAUGAGAAGUACGAAGACAAAAUUGAUCCCCUUGCGGAGAAAGCAAUGAUUGAGAUCAAAAAACAAUAUGCUGUUUUUGAUGCGAAGGUUUUGAGUAAAAUUCCGAGAGGAACAGUGAAAGACAAGAAGAAAGCUUAGAGAAUGUCAUCAUGGAUAAGACAUAGGUGGUACUCGGACCUUCUCGGACCUUGGUAUUUGGUACCAGUUACAAUUGUAGUGAAGUCUAUAGUUUAGCUCGUGCCUGUUGUGUUCCAGUGGCGGUUUGUAUUUUGAUGGUACAUUAGUGCAUGCUGAUAUCCUCAUCGUAGUUGACAGUGGUAUGUAGUUGUGGAUAUUUAAUGUUUCUAGUGGUUCUGUUGAUCUUUGGAUUUUUAGUUUGAUGUUGUAUGCAAUUAUGUAACUGCAAUUAUAUCACUGUUUGACGGUUUUGUCUUUAUUUUCUGCUGGAAAUGGAGUUGGGAGAAAAUUGCUUUCCCUUCUAGGUUA